AUUAUUUUCUAUUUACAGUUGAGAGAGCAUAUUCUGGAUCAUUUGGGUCCUGUGUUGCAGACGAGGGACAGGAGUAAGUUUGACGAGGACGGUGGUAAGUUCUACGAUAUGAUAGUUGUGGUUUACGAGUUGUACGGCCAGUUGGUAGGCCCUCCGCCUCAGUAGACGUUUAUCACUUUCGUUUUUGUGCUUUCUUUGCAUUGUUUGUAGUUGAAGUUAGACAAUUGUGUUUUUAUUUAUCAUCAUUUGUAGUUGAAUCUGAGACGAUUAUGUUUUUAUUUGUCAUCAUUUGUAGUUGAACUGAGACGAUUGUGUUUUUAUUUGUCAUCGUUUGUAGUUGAACCGAGACAACUGUGUUUUGUUUCAGAAGAUGGUCUCCAUGUUUACUUUCGUUACAUUCAAUACAUUGCUAAAAUAGUUUAUCAACGUGGUAGCUUACUAAAUGUUUCAAUAAUAGUAAGAGUUAUACAAUUAGUAAAUAUACUUCUAAUCGUCAUCCCCAUAGGUUCAAACUAUCAUAAAGUGCACGCUCAUGUAAGAAAAAUUGAUCCCACCCAUUGACACUAGGAUCAUGAAAAAUAGGCCAAAGUUCAUUAAACGGAGGCAUGAGCACUUGACCAUGUCGAAAGUCAAGUCGCACCCAAUGAUUCCCUGUAAAUUGUAGUGAUAAGAUCCCACGUGGUCUUGUUACUCCUGGUGGGGCCGUCACAGGUAGCACGGUAUAACGACCAUCUAGAUUGUAUACAACGAUAGCCCAUGAAUGCUAGAUGGCGAAGACGAAGAGUUCUGCAUUAUCCAUCCAAUUGGGACGCCCACGACCACUUGUUGAUGCCCACCUGCAACGUCGAAGGCCAUUUUCUAUUCCAUUUGAUAUUCCAUCAUAGUAGUCUCUAUACAGCUCAGGACGGGCUUCAAGCUCCUCUACAACAACGUGUCUCAUCUAUGGCCAAUUCCCUUAGUCUUCGUUACCUGCUUGUGAUAAAGCUCGAAAUCCACAGUGUCCAUCUGGAAUAGGGUUGUGUCAACCACGAGCUAGUCGUUGCACGUAGGAUUCCAAACAAUGUAUCCAUGGGUAAUUCUUCCAACUAGUAUUGGGAAUCCAAGCAACCCUCCAUGGGCCAACUUCUUUUGUCGAGAAUCCUUUAGAAGCUUCCUGAUUUGCAGGUGUUGAGCCUCAAUGUAAUCAUCGUCCGUCUUGAAUACCUACAGACAAUGAAUAAUAAUUAGGAGACUACUAAAACUUCUUAAAGAGGCAUCAACGAAGAUUUAUUAGGAGACUAACCGUGUCGACUGGACCAGUAGAUGAAGCCACUUUUUGAAGGAGGAAUGAGCAGAUUCAACCCUAUUGGAGCUUGUGUUACCCAAAUGCUGCACUUGAUUGGUAUAACAUUUAGCCCACAUGUGCCUAACUGGUAACCACUCAGCUUCCAAACCCCCAAAGUCGUCGGUACUGUACUCCCCAACUACGUCUGAAAUUGUCUAAGGUUGUAUCCAUGCACUGUCAAUGCAUAUACAUCAAGUUGCCAAGUCGCCAUUAUAUGAUCCACCGUCGGUUUGGCUGCAUCUUUACCACAAUGAGUUGUCCUCGGCACCUCCGUUAGACACUUUGCUCUCACAUUCCUCUUCUUUUCUUAUCUUUUGCAACUCUUUAUAAAUUUAUUUUCUGUUGUGUGCUCCCUGUACACCUUUUCUCUCAUUCGCUGCCUUGUGGAUAUUCCUUGGUGGUAGGGGCGGGCAACCGAUUCGGUAAACCCAAACCGAACUAAAAUCGCACCAAAACCGAAUUAAUGCUAUUCGGUUCGGAAUUCGGAAGGAAAAUAUGGAUAGUUCGGAAAUUAGGGUUCUUUCAACCGAACCGAAUUUCCGACCGAAAAACCGAAAUACUAUAAUUGCAAGCUCCAAAUGGUGGAUUUUUAUGUUUGUAUUUUCUUUUAGACUGAAAUAUUAUAUGACUUAUGUGUUGAAAUUUUGAUUUUAUUAUUGAUGAUGCAUAUAAUUGCAUAUUUAUUAUUUAUAUUAGGGGUGAAAAAUAAUUUAAAAGUGAGAAGAUACAAAUAGCUUCACAAAUUCAGUUUUGUAUGAAAACCGAACCAAACCGAAUUAUAAUUCGGUUUAAAUCGACCGAACCGAAUUAUAAUUCAGUUUGAGAUUUGAGGGAACUCGGGGACCCGGUAUUCCUAAUUUCUGUUUGGUCGAAACCGAAUCGACCCAAUGCCCACCACUACUUGGUGGGGCACCGGUCGAUCUCAACUGUCUGAUAUAUUGCUUAUUCUCUGCAGUCAAAACAUUCCUUCCCUUUGAUUCCUCUGGAAAUAACUCCAACUGAUGAUUGCGGAAACCCAAAUUAGCAUCACGAUUCUUUGUAUUUGCCACCCUUAGGAUCAACCAAUAUCCAUCACCGGACCGCUCAAGCUUGAUCUGAAACUCGCACCCCAAAUUUUCAAUAGCAGUAAGAGGUCUCCUCUCCUUAGUCGGAUCAGGUUCCUUCGACUUUUUCUUCUUACCAUGAGUGCAAUGUAAGUAAUGUCGCCCACUAGCUUCACUCUUUUUUUGUUCGUUGCCCUCGCCAAAUAAAACCCAAAGCCCUUGACAAUCUCAGUAGCUGCUUCAUAUGCUUGCAAAUCCGUAGUGUAUUUCACUUCAUCAAUGAAUCCGAGGUGUAAGCAUGGCCAUCCGGAUUGUAACUACCAAUAUCCUGCAAUAUUAUCAGAAUUUAUAAGUGAUACUCCACAAAUUAAAAAAAGAACUUAGCAUUCUCUAUAUCGUCAAUUUAACGAGUACUUUACGAUAAAUUUAAAAUUUCAUAACUACAUUUAAUUUAACAAUCAUCAUAACUUCACAUGUGAAAUCUAUUAUUUAUGCAAUAAAUCUAAUCUUAAUUUUCUAGAUUAAGACCAAAUCUAAUCUAAGCUUAAUUUAAGGCCAAAUACAAUCUUAAUUUCUAA